AUGUCGAGGACUCGGCAAGCUCUGAAGGAAGAAGGAUUCGUUUCCCCCGUGAUUAUUCAAGGCAAGCUCCUUCUUCGAGAGCUGAUCUCCCAAACCAAGGAUUGGGACGAGCCCCUGCCUGUAGAGCGCAAGAGACUUUGGGAAACCUGGAGAGAUUUCAUAAAAGAACUUGGUAACCUUCAUAUUGACAGGACAUACGUCAAAACCUCCCUCACACAAACCGUUUCGAAGGAAGUGCACAUCUUUUGUGAUGCAUCUGAACAAGCAAUCGCUGCCGUAGCAUACCUGUUUACGACAGACGUGAAUGACGUCAAGGAAGUUGGAUUCAUCAUGGGUAAAUCAAAGGUGGCACCUUCUCAUGGACACACCGUGCCCAGAGUGGAACUCUGCGCCGCUGUGUUGGCUGUUGACAUGGCCGAAAGAAUGGCAGUUGGAUGUCCAGCCAGAUACUAUCAAAUUCCAUUCCCACAGGAGAAUCGUUCUGGGAUACACCCAUAG